UGCCAGCAUCAAACCAUUCACAACAACAACUCAGUCGCAAUUUUUCAAGCCUCAAUAUGCCAUUGCAGACUCAAAUAUCGAGACUCGUGCAUCAUAACGCCAUGGCGCCGUUAAAAAAUCGGCGUUUUAUUUCGUCGAAAGAAAUAACCAAAAAUAUGACCCUCUAUACAAAUGAGCCGUUCAAAAGUGAGGUGGAUAACAAUUCUCUGGAAUUCAAAAAACCCACCGGCAACCCCUUGGUCCUAAUGAUGGCCUGGCUAAUGGCCAAACAAAAACACUUAAAAAAAUAUGCCGAAGUCUAUACGGAAUUGGGUUUCGAUGUUAUGGUCGUACACAUAACACCCUGGCAAUUGUUGUGGCCCGUCAAAGGUACCCAAGUGGUGGCUUCCGAAACCAUUAAAUUUUUGGAAAACAACAAAUCGUAUGCCCCGAUUGUGGUGCAUGGCUUCUCCGUGGGCGCCUAUCAAAUGGGUGAAAUAAUGUUGCAAAUGUCACGCGACAUGGAACGUUAUAAGCAAAUUUUGGAUCGCAUUGUCUGUCAGAUAUGGGAUAGUGCUGCCGAUAUAACGGAAAUUCCGGUGGGUGUACCCAAGUCCAUAUUUCCGAAAAAUCAAAGCAUGCAAAAUGCCCUUAGAAACUAUACCCUCUACCACUUGAAAACAUUCCACAAUCAAGCCACCAUACAUUAUAUGCGUUCCAGUCAAAUGUUCCAUUCGACCAUCUUAAAACAACCUGCCCUGUUCUUUGUUUCCGAUAAUGAUCCCAUCGGUCCGCCAGCAUCGAAUCAGGCGGUGCGUGAAAAUUGGGAGCGGGCCAAUAUCAAGGUGACAUUUAAAUGUUGGAAAAAGUCACAACAUGCUGCCCACAUGAUCAAACAUCGCGAUGAAUAUUUGGACAUACUGUACAAGCACUUGGAGGAAUGUGGUGUUCUAGAGGCUAUUGGUGUCAAGACCAGAGCUAAGUUGUAAAAUUGCAAUU